ACGAAAGGUUUAUCAGUUCGUAUAUAUAAAGAUUUGCGGGCAGCUGCGGUGGCUCAAACAGUUUUUGGUAUCCUCCGCUGAAGAUGAAAUCCGCACUUUUCUUUCUGCUCGUCGGCAUCGCCGUCUGCGCCGCAUACGUAACGGUCGAAGGACCGGCUCCAAACACACCGAAAGGUACUUGCAUCUCGCAGAAGGUCGGUAAAAUGAACGUCGGCCAGAAAAAGAGUGUCCCAAGUGUAUGCGAAGUCGCCGAAUGCCUGGCCAACGGUCAAGUUAGCUAUUCCGGUUGCAGCUCAGUCAACCUUCCACCCAAGUGCAAAUACGACAAGUUCGACAAGAACAGCGAAUACCCGAAAUGCUGCCCAUCUACAUACAGCUGUUAAAAAAUAUAUAUUUUAUAUUCUUAUUGAUAACAACAUUUUAAUCUUUAAAUAAACAUCCACGUUUCAGCAAAACUAACAGA